AUGAUGAUUAUUUACAGGUCAUGCAUCAGGACACAGUGGUCACACCUGUAAUCACAUCUGCUGAAAACACACGGAUUGUGUUGCUCCAAAUGUGACUUCUUCUUUUCUUUUUCUUUUUUUGCCCCAAAAGGAAACAGAAAGUUUGUGUUCCUUUUGUACAGACACCAGAGGAUCAUCUUCUCUCUAUAUCCAGGUCAAGUUGUUGCACACAGAUGGUCCAGCAGCUCAUGACAGGCUCGGCUGCCUCCAGCUCGCACUGACGUUUCCGCUUUGACCACUGGAGGCUGCCAGCAGCGUAUGCGUCACUUCAUCUCCGCAAGCUGAUGAUGGCGGAGCUACAGCGAGAAGUGGAGCCGCAACUUCUGAAUGGGGACGAAGUGAACGAGGAAAACGAGGAGAAAGAGGACGCAGAUGCGCCGGAGUCAGUGAAGAAAAGGAGGAGAAAGAAGAAGAGGAAUAAGACCAGUGCACCAGUGUGUGACUUUGCAGCAGCAGCGACGAACGAGGCUGAGGGCAGAGGGGAAGCUGAACGUGUUGGUGAUGAGGCAAAACAGUUGGAGCUGCGAUCACUGGAGGACAGAGAGAGGGAGGAGGAUGGAGAAGAAGACGGGGAUGAGGGAGAGAACUCGGCUGGGAAAAAGAAGAAGAAGAAGAAAAAGAAGAAAGGAUUGAAGGGACAGACUGACCCUCCCUCGGUCCCUAUUUAUGAGCUGUAUCCCAGUGGAAACUUUCCAAAGGGAGAGGAGUGUGAAUACCCCAAAUCAAAAGACGGGCGCAGUGCAGCAUGGCGGACCACCAGCGAGGAGAAGCGGGCGAUGGACAGGGCCAAUGAGGAGAUGUGGAGCGAUUUCAGGCAAGCGGCCGAGGCACACCGACAAGUGCGCGCCUACGUCAGGACCUGGAUCAAACCAGGCAUGACCAUGAUUGACAUCUGCGAGAAGCUAGAGGACUGCUCCAGGAGGCUCGUCAAAGACAAUGGGCUGAAGGCCGGCUUGGCCUUCCCCACCGGCUGCUCCAUCAACCACUGCGCUGCCCACUACACUCCAAACGCAGGAGACCCCACCGUGCUGCGCUAUGAUGAUGUCUGCAAAAUUGACUUUGGAACGCACAUCAACGGUCGAAUAAUAGACUGUGCCUUCACCGUCACUUUCAAUCCAAAGUUUGACGGGCUGUUGGAGGCUGUGAGAGAUGCAACAAACACCGGCAUCAGGUGUGCAGGAAUCGAUGUGCGCCUGUGUGACAUUGGUGAGACGAUUCAGGAGGUCAUGGAGUCGUAUGAAGUGGAGAUAGAUGGGAAAACAUAUCAAGUGAAGCCAGUCAGGAAUCUCAAUGGCCACUCUAUUGGACCGUACAGGAUACACUCAGGAAAGACAGUCCCAAUUGUUAAAGGUGGAGAGGCCACGAGGAUGGAGGAAGGUGAAACUUAUGCCAUUGAGACAUUUGGCAGCACAGGAAGAGGCGCAGUCUACGAUGACAUGGAGUGUUCACAUUACAUGAAAAACUUCAAUGUCGGACACGUGCCCAUAAGACUUCCAAGGGCUAAACAUCUGCUAAAUGUCAUCAAUGAGAACUUUGGCACCUUGGCUUUCUGCCGCCGCUGGCUGGACCGCCUGGGCGAGAGCAAGUACCUGAUGGCAUUGAAGAAUCUAUGUGACCUCGGCAUCGUAGACCCGUACCCACCCCUCUGCGACAUCAAGGGCAGCUACACUGCCCAGUACGAACACACCAUUCUUCUCAGGCCCACCUGCAAGGAAGUCGUGAGCCGGGGAGAUGACUACUAAGCAUGCAGCAAAACCUAAGGCGAACCAGGAAGAGCAUGGCAGCUCAAUGACAAAAAAACCUCUUCAGUCCGAUAGCGAUUAUGCAAUAUUUCUCUGACCUUACUUUUCACUGCUAGAAUCCCUUCAGCUCAUUGACGGCCAAAGACUUGUGUCACGGCAGUAGCUUAGUAGUUAUUUUCCACAAGUUAAAGCCAGUAGUCCCAGGGCAUAUCUUUAAAAAAACUAACAUGUAGUGUGUCAUUUCAUAAUGAUGAGCUGCUUUUAAAGUGCGCACAAAAUACAUAUGCAAAAUGUUUUGGAUAACACACAAUAUUCUGUG